AUGGCGGAAAAGGAGGCUCCAAGCCAGUCGCUUGUUGCUCGACAGGAUGCAGCAAAAGCUCAUGGUCUCAUGGGCAUGCUUAAGAAUCCUUAUGUGUUCUUGACAUAUUUAUUCGCAUUAUUGGGUUGUGUGAUGUCACGACCAAGGAGUCAUGUCCCCAGUCCUGGUUAUGGGAAACUUCGAGACGAAUUCUCAACUCUCACUUCAUCGACACUUCAAGGAUGGCUCGUUGCUUCCCUUGAACUUGGUGCCUGCAUGAUGGUUGCCGUUCUCAUUUUCACACUCGGUACCGGUCUCCAAACUGGCGCUCAGAACCCAUCAUACUUCCUCGCAGGUCGUAUCAUCGGUGGUGUGGGUAUUGAACUUAGAGGAUCUUUGGUAUCACUUCAACAACUUUCCAUUACCAUCGGAACUACCAUUGCUUUCUGGCUUGACUUUGGAUUCUCCUUCUCUGAUGAAAACAAAUGUGAGCCAGAGGGCAUUGCAGACCCAUAUCUCGCUGAUGGCACCUACAAUGCUGCUGCGAACCACGGACAUCCUUGUACCGGUCAAAAUCAAAUUUCUUGGAGAGUCCCUUUGGCACUGCAAUUGAUUCCGGCAUUGACCCUUUUUAUUGGAAUGUUCUUCUUCCCAUUCUCUCCUAGAUGGUUGAUGUUGAAGCAUCGUGAAGAUGAGGCUAUUGCAUCUCUCUGCAAACUCAGACGUCUUGACGUCAAUGAUCCAUUGUUACGAGCCGAGUUCCUCGAAAUUAAGGCCGCCGUCACGUUCGACGAGGAAACCCAAGCGGUGCAAAUUGGCGCUGGUGGGAUGAUGGCCCCAUGGAAAGCAUUAUUCGUUCCUCAUGUAUUCAGGAGAAUCUUCUUGGGUUGUGGUAUAAUGGUGUUUCAACAGUUCACUGGUAUUAACGCCGUCUUGUACUGUGCCCCUCAGAUUUUCGCAAGUUUUGGUUUCUCCAGCACUACCACCACUCUUCUCGCUACUGGAGUCACUGCUGUCUUGUACCUUGAUAAAUUCGGUCGCAAGACUUUCCUCAUUGCUGGUGCCAUCGGCAUGUGUAUCUGCCACAUCGUUGUCGCUGCCGUCGGAGGUGUUUACGAAGACCAAUGGAAUCUCAAUGAAGGCCUUGCUGUUACACAAGCAUGGGUCGCCAUCGUGUCCAUUUGGUUAUUCGCGGUCAAUUUUGCCUACUCUUGGGGACCUGUCACAUGGGUUCUUGCUCAAGAAAUCUUCCCAGCCAGUGUUAGAUCCCGUAGCGUCGUCCUUGUCGCAUCUACUAACUGGAUGUUCAACUUUAUCAUCGGCUUGACCACCAAAGACAUGCUCGAUUCUAUGAAAUAUGGUACAUACAUCUUCUUUGCUGUAUUUAGUGCCGGGGGUGGUUUCUUUAUCGGGAAAUUGUUCCCUGAGACUAAGGACAAGACAUUGGAGGAACUCGAUGUGUACUUCGGCGGUAGCAUGGACAGUAUCGCGGCUGCAGAUAAAGCAAUAAUGCAAAGUAUCAACGAGAGACUUGGUCUUGCUAAAGCCGAGAGCCUUGAAGAUAUCAAGCUGGACAACGAAGAAUGA